UCUGCUUCUCGGAAGUAUUUGGGUUUGUGCAAACAUGGCGACAAGCUCUCAUCUCCUUCCUCAGGCACUGCAUAUGAUACCAAGAAUCCCUAAUCUAUCGUCAAAGAGUUUAGGGGUUUCUUGGUUUCUACCACGAGCCUCAUCAGUGAACUCUCGUAUCUCAGUUUCUAGGGUUUCUCUAAACCAUCCCGGCGCGAUCGAGUCCAGGAAGAGAAGGGUGAUUAUAGCUAAAGCCGAAGAGAGCAAUGAAGGUGAAACUGAAGCUGACUUGGAGGAUGUUGCUGAAACAGUGGAAGACACUGGGGUGGAGGAAGCUAAAACUCCGUGGAAGCCUAGAACCAAGCUCGGAGAUGUAAUGGGGAUACUGAACAAGAAAGCAAUUGAGGUUUCGGAGAGCGUAAGACCGGUUCCAGAAAUUAGGACAGGGGACAUUGUUGAGAUCAAACUGGAAGUUCCAGAGAACAGACGUAGGCUAUCGAUCUACAAAGGUAUAGUGAUGUCUAGACAGAACGCAGGCAUCCACACUACUAUUCGUAUCAGGAGAAUCAUUGCUGGUAUUGGCGUUGAAAUCGUGUUUCCUAUAUACUCACCAAACAUAAAGGAGAUAAAAGUGGUAAGUCACAGGAAAGUGAGAAGAGCAAGGCUUUACUAUCUGAGGGACAAACUUCCUCGUCUCUCCACUUUUAAGUGAACAUACCCAACACAGUGGGGUAUGCUGUUUCAGCCUCCAAAGGUAGCUAAGAUCUCUUCCUUUUACAGACUCUCUCCCUCUCUUUCUCUUCUAGUAGUAACUGUUUGUGUGUUUGUCUUUUGAAUUUCUGCUCCCUUCAUGUAAGUUUACAUUGACAUUUGAGAAAAGUAAAAUCAAAAUGCUUUGUGAGGCGCCU